CAAUACGCGCCCCUGGCCGAUCCGAUGAACCGCCGGACGGGACGGAACCCUUCCCCGUUACAACAAACACCCACCUUAACACCGCGUUAUGUGGUAGGGCCGUUAACUCCGUGAGAUCUUCCUGCCGAAGAGCAACAGGCAAGCAUCCUUUCCAACCGGUUGUCUCUGAUGCAAGAGCUUGUUACCCCGCGACAACAACAAGAUGUCAUACACUAUCCCUCUGUUUGUUGUCUACGAGGAACCCGCAAAUGCCCGGUGCAUGUCACACAGACCCUCCACGGUCAAAAACUCGCACACAGCUCAUUGAACUCGGUUUCCUCGCUUGCCUCUUUACUGCGCAAAACUACCACUGACAAAACAGCCUGGAACGACGCACCCUCUAAAUUCUCACCGGUAGCGAACACGUCAAUGUUGACCAUGCCUGGCCCGUAUGCGAAGGACCAGCCCCAGGGCUUUUCGAACCACGUUGAGAAAGUCGCCGUCAUCGGGGCCGGCGGUCAAAUUGGUGGUCACAUUGUUGAGCAACUGCUCAAGAAGGGAAAGCAUGUCGUGACAGCAAUAUCGCGUCCUGGAAGUACCAAUACGCUCCCCGAUGGUGUCGAGGUUGUCCGUAUCGACUACAGCGGCGAUGACAUCUCGGCACUGGUGGAGGCACUUCGUGGUCAGCAAGCUCUGAUCGUCACCAUGGCCGUCUCGGCCCCAAAGGACACCAUGAGCAAACUUAUUCGUGCAGCCGCCGAGGCCGGCGUGCCGUAUAUCCUGCCCAACUGGUUCGGCCACGAUGCUGCCAACGACUCGCUUUGCCAGGACAGCUUCCUGACGCAGAUGCGCGACAACGUCCGUGACGAGGUCCAGCGCCUGGGCGUCAGCUCCCCCCUGUUUCUGAUCUGCAAUUUCUGGUACGAAUUUAGCUUGGGCGGUGGACCUGAUCGCUUCGGCUUCGACUUCCAGAACCGCUCCCUUGUCUUCUUCGAUAAGGGCAGUGUGGCAAUCAACACCAGCACCUGGCCGCAGUGCGGACGUGCAGUUGCCAAUAUCCUCAGUCUCAAGGAGCUCCCCGACGAUGAGAAGGACCAGUCAACCACGAUUUCCCAAUUUCGAAACGAUGGUGGCCUGAUCUACAUCUCAAGCUUCCGACUGAGCCAGCGAGACAUGUUUGAGAGCGUCAAACGCGUCACGAAGACCACCGAUGCGGAUUGGACCAUUACCCACGAAUCCUCUGAGCAGCGGUGGAAGGAUGGUAUGGCCGAGGUGAUGAGCGGCAAUUUCAAGGCCUUCACCAAAAUGCUGUAUAGCCGCAUGUUCUUCCCCAAUGGCGACGGCGACUACCAGUCCAGGCGUGGCCUUCAUAACGACGUUCUCGGCCUACCUGAGGAGGAUUUGGAUGCCGCCACAAGCAUCGGCGUGCGUAUGGGGGUGAAUGAUGAGGUGACACGGACUCAUUGAAGGAACUGUGGCAGGGCUUGUACUUCCUCUCAGAGAUCUGGACUCGGUCGAUCAAAUGCAGCAUUUUAGCUC